AUGACUGAAACAGUGUCUAUCCUCUCGACAGGUAGCAAGUCACCACCAACUGCAGAUACCAUGAUCGAUUCUGGGGCUGCUAAGAAUAUCGCUUCUGACAAAGUUUCCUCUCGGGAGAAUAUGAACAAUACACCUGCCACUCCUGCCACUGCUCCCCCCCGGGGAAAAGGUACUUCGUCAACUCGAGUCCAAGCCAAUGCAAAGUUCGACCCUGCUACCGAGGACGAGAUCCGUGACCUAAUGCAAAACGCACGCAAUGUGGACAAGACUCAUCAGUUCAAGACGGAGGAAGAAAUUACAAAGUUGGCCCGCCUGACCACCAACCUGAUCCAGCUAUUGAAUGCAGAGUAUAUUGCCAAAGAUACCAUCGUCAGAGCCGUUGCAUAUAUGCAAGGGGAGGGUCAAUUCCCACCAUACCGUGCUCUUACACAGGCUCAUCGUGAUCGCAAAGCGGAGCGCCGAAACACUCACAGCGGCCAGCAACCUCGCAACGUUACCAAUGGGGAUAGCCGUGCUCGUGCUACCAGUGAGGGCACCAAGAAAGCUCAAGGCAAUAGCAAGGAUGAAUCGACCGCUUCUGCAACUCCCCAAAAGCCGAAUGUCACCACUAAGGCAGUAGACUCUCCUUCACAAUCAAGCUCUAAUGGAGAGUCUGUUGGCAAUGGCACGGGUUCUGAGAAGGAAAAUACCUCCCCUACGAAUGCCAAUGCGGCGUCAGCGAGGCCCUCCAAAAAGAACUACUGGAAAAUUCGACGUGAGGCCAAGAAAAGAGCUGCUUCUCACAACGCCACCAAGGACGGACUCCGCGAGAAUGGCACCAAGACUGGCAAGGCUGAAGUCAAGGACGCUACCACAAGCCAGGCACACAUCGACCAUGUCGUUGGCGAGUCCAAGGACACAGCUGCUGGCAAAGGCCGUGAGGAAACAACCGUCAAGACUGACUAA